AUGUUAGUGUAUUUCCGUCUCUCCCCAUCCCUUCCAGUACCACAAUCUCUCCAUCCCUUCCAGUACCACCAUCUCUCCAUCCCUUACAGUACCACCAUCUCUCCAUCCCUUCCAGUACCACCAUCUCUCAAUCCCUUACAGUACCACGUUCUCCCCAUCCCUUCCAGUACCACCAUCUCACCAUCCCUGCCAGUACCAUCAUCUCACCAUCCCUUCCAGUACCACCAUCUCUCCAUCCCUUCCAGUACCACUAUCUCCCCAACCCUUCCAGUACCACCAUCUCCCCAUCCCUUCAAGUACCACUAUCUCCCCAUCCCUUCCAGUACCAUCAGCUCCCCAUCCCUUACAGUACCACCAUCUCUCCAUCCCUUACAGUACCCCCAUCUCUCCAUCCCUUCCAGUACCACCAUCUCUCCGUACCUUCCAGUACCACUAUCUCCCCAUCCCUUCCAGUACCCCCAUCUCCCCAUCCCUUCCAGUACCAACAUCUCCCCAUCCCUUACAGUACCAACAUCUCCCCAUCCCUUACAGUACCACCAUCUCUCCUUCCCUUCCAGUACCACCAUCUCUCCAUCCCUUCUAGUACCACUAUCUCCCCAUCCCUUACAGUACCACUAUCUCUCCAUCCCUUCCAGUACCUCCAUCUCUCCAUCCCUUCCAGUACCACUAUCUCCCCAACCCUUCCAGUACCACCAUCUCCCCAUCCCUUCAAGUACCACUAUCUCCCCAUCCCUUCCAGUACCACCAUCUCACCAUCCCUGCCAGUACCAUCAUCUCACCAUCCCUUCCAGUACCACCAUCUCUCCAUCCCUUACAGUACCACCAUCUCUCCAUCCCUUACAGUACCCCCAUCUCUCCAUCCCUUACAGUACCACCCUCUCUCCAUCCCUUCCAGUCCCACCAUCUCUCCAUCCCUUCCAGUCCCACCAUCUCUCCAUCCCUUCCAGUACCACUAUUUCCCCAUCCCUUACAGUACCACCAUCUCCCCAUCCCUUACAGUACCAACAUCUCCCCACCCCUUACAGUACCACCAUCUCUCCAUCCCUUCCAGUCCCACCAUCUCUCAAUCCCUUACAGUUCCACGUUCUCCCCAUCCCUUCCAGUACCACCAUCUCCCCAUCCCUGCCAGUACCAUCAUCUCCCCAUCCCUUCCAGUACCACCAUCUCUCCACCCCUUCCAGUACCCCCAUCUCUCCAUCCCUUACAGUACCACUAUCUCUCCAUCCCUUCCAGUACCUCCAUCUCUCCAUCCCUUCCAGUACCACUAUCUCCCCAUCCCUUCAAGUACCACCAUCUCCCCAUCCCUUCCAGUACCACUAUCUCCCCAUCCCUUCCAGUACUACCAUCUCCCCAUCCCUUACAGUACCAACAUCUCCCCAUCCCUUACAGUGCCGCCAUCUCUCCAUCCCUUCCAGUACCACCAUCUCUCAAUCCCUUACAGUACCCCGUUCUCCCCAUCCCUUCCAGUACCACCAUCUCACCAUCCCUGCCAGUACCAUCAUCUCACCAUCCCUUCCAGUACCACCAUCUCUCCAUCCCUUGCAGUACCACCAUCUCUCCAUCCCUUCCAGUACCACUAUCUCUCCAUCCCUUCCAGUACCACCAUCUCUCCAUCCCUUCCAGUACCACUAUUUCCCCAUCCCUUACAGUACCACCAUCUCCCCAUCCCUUCCACUACCACCAUCUCUCCAUCCCUUCCACUACCACCAUCUCCCCAUCCCUUCCAGUACCACCAUCUCUCCAUCCCUAUUUACGCACCUCUUCGUCGGUAAAUCCUCAGAAUCCAAGUGUUCCGCACUCGAAUAUGGAAUAUGCCAUGACAAAAUCAAAGGUUCUUUAAGCGACACUUGGCGGAUGAUAGUGGACUGUUCUGAUGUCUUUAAUGGAGAUCAAAGAUAUCGCAAGGCAGCGCAACGGUAA